AUGGACAAUGAGCGCCGGCCGCGGCAGAACCCCUCAGGUUACGCGAGCCAGCAAGGCACGCUGCUUCCACCGCAGGGCUCAUAUCCCGUGGUAAGCGCAUCUGAUCGCUUCAGGCAGGCGCCCUUGACUGCACCUGCCCCACCCACCUCCGUCCCCUCCUCCAGCAGCCGCCCCAGCCCGCAGAGUUACGGCUACGCGUACGGGGAAGGCUCGCAGUUUGUCGGCUCGUCAAUCCAGGCCUCGGGCGUGUCCUACGGUGCGCAGGGCUACAGCCCCGACCAGCAACCGCAGCAGCAGCGCGCCGCGCAGCAGCAGUACUCGCCAUACGGUCAGAAUGUCAUGUACAGCGUGUCCGGCGCGCAGGGCUCUGCGACAGGGUCGUCACAAUAUGAGUCUGUGGAACCGUACCAACAAAACAGGGACUCGGCAAUAGAGGUCCUCAGCACCGGCUUUGGGGUCGCACAGCCGCAAUACUACAAUGUGGCCGGCGAGGGUGGUCCCACGAGCGCGCCUGCCUCUGCCAUUGCACCCCAAAACGUCCCUUCCCAGUACCCUCCGCUGGGAUAUACAGCGCAGCAAGCCCCGGUCGGACGAGAACCGCUUGCGCCCGCAUACAGCACCGCCGGCAUGACAGACCCCCAUCAGGCCACCGCGCAGGCCGGCUACGCGCAGCCGGGCAGCUACAGCGAGCAGCACGGCAGCGGCAACGAAUACGACGACUUCUACAAUAACUACCAGAGCGAGCUGAAGAAGACGUUCCAGUACGUGCACGAUGGGCGCAUCAACGAGGCUGGCACGCAGCUGCACCGCCUGAGCGAGUGGCUGCUGCACUGGGCCGAGACGCUGGCUGAGUUGACUACAGGUCUAGUGCGCGACGACGAGACCCACUACGCGCAGCGCCUCAAGCUGUGGGAGGAGUUCAACACCUGCUGGUUGUCGACGCUCCAGAAGCAGAAGACCAUGACCCAGGAUAUGCUCAGCACCGGCCAGCGCCCCCAGCCGCCGCAGACGCUCAUCGACUACGGCACGCUAGAGAAGAUGGGCACGCAGCUCGUCAAGAACUGCGACAGCAUGGAGAAGCACGGCCUGGUCGACUACCAGAUGGGCGUGUGGGAGGAGGAAAUCAUAGCCAUGUUGACCUCGUGUCUCGACCUCCUUGAGGAAGUUGGCGCCGGCUCCUCAGCACAGCGACCCACCGCAAACGCGCGGCGACGAUGA